AUGAAGGAUGGUGGCGGUGGUGUCGCACCAACACACAUGGCCAGAUCAACCAGCCGGAGCUCCGGGGGCGAGUUGGAGACGCGGGUCUUGUCACUGGAGGAGGUUCUGCGCUCCUACGACCAGCCGCUGAAUGAGGAACAGGCCUGGGCCGUGUGUUACCAGUGCUGCCGCGGGGGGGAGCGGUACCGGUACCGGUACCGUGCCAAGGGGCCCGAAUCCAUCUUACUGCACCGGGACGGUACCGUCACUCUGCGCCCCGACACGCGCACCUGCACCGCUGAAGGAGAAGCUGUAUCUGCUCCACCUUUCCAGGAGAGCCAGUUGGUACAGUCUAUGGGCGUGGCCAUCUAUCAGGCUCUGGACUGGGGUCUGGCUGACAGCGAGGAGCGAGACCUGAGUCCACAUCUGGAACAGCUAAUCGAGCGCAUGGUGGCACAGCAGGACCAUGAGUCCGCAGAGUGUCUCAGCAGCACCACCAAGGAUGAAGGCUACAGUGGCCCCGAGGAUGAAGAUGAAGAGGAGGAGGAAGAGGAGGCGGGAAGGGUGCAUGCAGUGCGCACUGUUCGGCAUGUGAUGACGCUGUGCGCCAGGAGGCUGGCGAACCCCGCUGUGGCUCCUGAACACUACCAAGCUGUUUGUAGAGCGCUGUUCCUCGAGACUCUGGAGCUUCAGACCUUCCUGUGCAGGAUCAGAGAUGCCAAGGAGAUGUUGAGGAGGAUCAGGACGGAGGAGUCUCAGGAGGAGCGCUGUGCUGCUGAACUGGACAACCUCAAACACACAGACUGGGCUCGGUUGUGGGUGCAGUUGAUGCGGGAGCUCAGGCAGGGUGUAAAGCUGAAGAAGGUGGAGCAGCAGCCGUUCGAUCCUCUGCCCACUGAGUUCAGCCUCACACCAUUCGAGAUGCUCAUGGAGGACAUCCGGUCUCGCAGAUACACACUGCGCAAAGUGAUGGUGGAUGGAGACAUUCCCUCUCGAGUCAAACAGAAUGCUCAUGAACUCAUCCUGGACUUCAUCAGAUCCAGACCUCCACUGAAACCUGUGUCAGAACGCAGUCUCCCCCCUCGGCCGCAGGAGCAGCAGUGUCUUCAUGAUCGUGUGUUAGCUGAAAUCCGUCAAGAACAUAAACUGCGGCCUGUGGAGGGGCGGAGCUCCAAGAGACCGUUUGGUUCUCUCCCCUGUCUGGCUCACUCCUGUCACUGUGACCUGAAAUCUACUUCCUGUAUUGACCUGUCAAUCACAGAAGGUGGGCACCGCCUUUUGCCUCGACCUCGUGUGCUGCUGAAAGCCCCCACACUUGCAGAGAUGGAGGAGAUGAACCUGUUUGAGGACGAGGACUCUCCUGAUGGUGGUGAGUGUGUGGAGAGUUUGAUGAAGCGCGAUCGUUCAUUCUCUGAGCACGACCUGGCCGAGCUGCUGCAGAGCGAGACCGACAAGACGAGUGCCUGUGUGUGUGUGCUUGGAGAGAGACCACGCUCAUACACGCACACUGGAACCACACACACACGCCCACACCGUGCUUCACUCCCAGUGAUUGGUUGGUCUCCUGCAUCUUCUGCUUGUCGCUCUCUCAGUGAAGUGGAAGAAAUCAGUGAGGCAUCGGCACCUUCCAAAAGCCUCAGCGCUAACCAAUGGAUGGAGGAGUUCAGCCACCCGGUGGAGAGUUUGGCAUUAACCCUUGAUGAGGUCAUCAGUGUGCGCCGUGUGCUGGUGAAGGCCGAGAUGGAGAAGUUCCUCCAACGUAAAGAACUUUAUAACAACCUGCGGAAGGGCAAGGUGUGCUGCUGUUGUAGGGUGAAGUUCCCGUUGUUUUCUUGGCCUUCUACGUGUCUGCUGUGUAAAAGGUCGGUGUGUGGCUCAUGCAGUGCGAAGAUGAAAAUGCCGUCUAAGAAGCUAGCUCACAUCCCUGUGUAUGCUGUGGGUUUCCAUAGCAGCCCGAGGAGCCACAGCCAGCGCAGCGACGUCUACAAGUCUCUGCGCUCGUUGUCCCGCCGUGCCGUGGAAGACGAGUUUCCGUACCUCUACGUCGCAGGCUGCAGUCUGAGAGACGUUUGUGCAGAAUGCACCAAGUUUGUCGCCGACGUCGUUUCAUCCAGCCGCCGCAGCCUUGACAUUAUCAACAACACCCCUAAAAGAGAGAAGCCACGCCCACACCCCGCCUCUCAUUACAUGCCCCCAAGAGGUGGAGUAAACUAAGGUAAUUACUGACUGAGGCAAUGAUCGGUGUUGCUUUGCUGCAGGGCUGCUUCUUUUUAGACAAGUGAAUGCCUUGAACUUUUAGCCCUGCCUUGGAAUCAAGUCGUUGAUGUGGACGACUCCUGCCUUUGCAGAGUGACCUUUGACCCUUAUGACACUGAGCAGAUCCGUUAGACACUCUGUGUCACGCUGCAAGCUUCAGUUCCCGCCCACUCAGAUGAUGUGCUCCGCCCAGAUCAAGACACGAGUCACUUAAUUUCUGAAGUCCUGCUCGCUUUUUCCGAUCCCUGACGUACGUCUGGUUCUUAACCACGAACACGCAGGGACAACGCACCUUUCUUGUGAUCCUUGUGACUAGGAUAUAGUGUCUGUGCUCCAGUACUGACUGACUGAGCAGAUCUGUUAUAUCUAUAGAUGAAUUGAGACCCUUUGGCUGCAUUUCCUGGCUCCUGACCGGAGGUUAGGAUACACGGACCACCCGUAUUCCUGCCGUUGGGCUUCUGUAGAGCCCGUCUCCAACCUCCCUAACUCCAAACCAACACAACCUGCUGUUUCUUAGUCUUGCUUUACCCACACAAGAACGUGCACCACCAUAUUCUUGCCUCAGCUUACUGACCUGUGACCGUUGGCCUUCUCCCUUGGACACCCUUUUAAGCCACGUCCUUGAUGUGAUAUUUAUUAAUGUAAACAUCAGCAUUUUCCUGCCUGGCCUAUCGAGGACACACACUAUAUGGGUAACAAAACAGGAAGUGGAAAAACAAGUUUAAUGCCUUGACUGUAGCUCGAGUGUAGUGGUCACUUCAUCAGACAUGCCCUUCCCAGCACCUCCCUCCUGAGCGGAUAAGGGCACAAGCCAAAUCAUAUGCUGAAGGGCACAAUGAAGUGUGCUAUAAAGUGUACAAAAAUGCUUGAAUGCUCUGUAGCGCAGGACUGAUGUUCUGAAAACACCCGAAUGCCGUUUAAUCCAUUUUAUUCUGCUGAAGUGCAAUCAGAAAAAAAUCCUGCAUGGAACCUGAAAAUACUGCAGUAUGUUAAUGAAAUCUUCCAAACUCUUACUGGAGUUUAUUGCACUACGUAGAGACUGAAUGUAUCAGGGACUGGAGCCUGUUUAAGAAUGUUAGAGAGACUCUGUAACACCUCCAUGAGGUCAUCUCCACCCUCAUCUGCCCACCCCGACACCACACCCAACACCACUCCUCCAUCCACCCAACACCACUCCUCCACCCACUUCACAUCGCCAUAUUAGAGCCAUAGAUAGAGCCUUGAUGACAUCCAUACUGUCAAGUCUUAAUAACACUUGCUAAGGAACUGGAAAACACUGAAGACAAUGAAACCAAUCUAGCUAACAACUGAGGCAAAAGAUUUAGAAAGCUAGCAACAUACUGUGUGUUAUGACUAAUGACUGGAUAUAUGUUUGGAAAACAUGGCAACCUUUCCACUUAAUGGAACUGGGAGACUGUGACCUGUAAGAACUGGAACCAGUAGAUAGAGACAGACAGAGUGGGUCUUCCUCUCACCCGCCCAUGUUAGCGAUACACAGUGUACGCAUGUCCAUGAUUCAGCUGACUGAGCUGCUGUUUGUUAGCAAAAAUGCUCUAGCUUUUUCUCCCUUGUCCUCUAGCUUUAACACAAGCAGCAAGUUAAUCGUCUGAAUGGAGAAUUUUCUGUUACACUUCUUCUGUUCGGGUUGUUUAAAAAGAAGAGACUGAAAAACUUUCAAAUGUUCAAGAUUAUAAAAGCUCAUACAGUCGUUAGUAAAUUAGUGUGAUUCUUAGCUAAUGUUAAGCUACAGUAGGAGUUAAAAUCAACCAGCUAAGAGAAGACCUCAGAGACGUCACCCGUCGAUCCGAGUCACGACGUCACUCAUGUAUACAGUCAUUAGUUAAGAGCGGAAGGUCACAGAAAUGAUAAACGUCACGGAACGUCAACAUUUACCUCUGAUGAGUUGAUUAAUUCCUAAGAUGCUCUGUGCAGCUAAUAUUACACUGAAGUUAUGCUUAGCAUCAACUGCUAACCCAAGCUUUGUUGUUUCUGCCAUACUGUGUCGCAAGUUAUAAAGAUUCACUGACAUUAGCUUAACUUGUUCUAGCUGUCACACUAUGAAUCAUCAAAGUUAGCAAACCGAUCUGCUUUAAAAUGACUAGCUGUUAGCUGGAGAAUCAUGAGCUAGGCUAGCAAGCCCUACAUUCUCUGUACAUUUUAGCUAGCUAUGUAUUAGAUUAGACUGUUCACUAGAUUAGAUGUGUUAAUGAGUUGAUCAUUGGGUCACUGAUUCGAAUUUAGAUGAAUAAUUCUAUCUGUUUUUACAAACAAUAAAACAAUUAAAUUCAGGUAAAAUUUCUCCACAAAAAAAAACUGUGUCAGUGGCUUUGGUCAUGUUUUGUAAUUAGUUUGAGUCUGUGGAGAUUCAGUAGUGUGCACUCUGUCUACUCUGUCUUAUCUUUGGCCCUAGUAAGGAGAUAAUAUGCCUCAACACACACACACACACACACACACACACACACACCCCAGCUGAAAUCUCCACUCAUGGUCUUAUGUCUUUCGCUCCUUUUUUUUUUUUUUGUAAACGCUGCAUAUCUGCAAUAAAUCAGUUCCAAACUGUGCAUCUGAGUCUCUCUCUCUCUCUCUCUCUCUCUCUCUCUCUCUCUCUCUCUCUCUCUCUCUCUCUCUCUCUCUCUCUCUCUCUCUCUCUCUCUCUGUCUC